UAGAGAUGCAUAGAAAAGCAUCUCUUCUGAAGUUUUGGCAAUUAUAAAAGAAGGUAAAAAAAGCUCUGUGUCAGUCAGGCGUUACUUCCUCUGCGCACUUUGACCGGAGCGACCGACGCCUCCGAGUUUGGAGCCUCCUCCGCCGCCGCCCACGGCCCAUCAUCCCGUCUUCCCUUGAAAACUCCGGCGACCCUUCUCGUUCUCGUUCUUCUUCUUCUCCUUCUCCUUCUUUCUUCCCUUGUGAAGACCCCUUUUUGCAGAACAGCAAAAGGUGCUGUUUUUAUGCUCGUUUUCAUGGGUUCUGAAACGAAGGCUGGUUCUUUCGAUGAUGUUGAGUGUCAAUGUACAGAUUCAGUGCAGAAGUUUGAAUCUUUAAGUGUUGAGGACACUAAGAAGGGUGUUAGAGAGCGAGUUGCGUCGAUUUUGGAUGACAAGUCAAAUGCUCAAUGCCGAGUUACUUCGGAUGUUAAAGGCCAGACCAGAGAUGCAUUCCUUGAUAUCGAAUCUCCCCUUAUGGCGUCGGAGAAAGACAUGGCUUGCCACACUCCUCAGGAUGAUGCAUUGGGCAACAGGGUCAUUGAUGGUCGUGACAAUGUACAAAUGACUUAUCAAAAGCUAAAGCAUACAGAUGAAUGGAGAGGCAGCAUUCCUCGGCAGCUUAAUUUUGGCUCCUCAACCGAUGGUUGGGGAGGUGGAAUUCAUGGGAGGGAUUUUGCCAUGCUGUCAGAUGAGGAGAUGGUCGAAUUAAUUUACCAAUAUUUGUUAGAGAUGAUUCUGCUUGAGAAGACUGAGGAUCUUCUUGCUGAAAAGUCGGAGGCAAAGGGGGAUUACAACGAUUGCAGGACGCCUCCUUCCGCACCACGAUUAAAUGACACUGUAGAAAGUUGUCCUGGCGCUCCUGUAAAACGCAUCACUCAAUCGAGGAAUGUCGGUUCAGGUUUAUGCAGAAAGCUUCAGUUUUGAUAUUUUUGACUGCUGGGCUGUUGAGCGUUGAGACUUAUACAGGUUCUUCUCCUUUUGGUAUGAACCAAACAACUAUAUGCUAAUUUGGGAUUGUAACAUAUAUUCCAUUCAUAUCAUAUGAUCAUGCAGAAGCUUUUUUUUUU